UAUUCACCAAGUGCGGAAGAAAUAGCGUGUUCUCGCGCAGUUCAUACUCAUUGGUGUGAGAAACAGCAACUUCCUGGUUUUUUAUUUUUCUCCAUUUGUUGUUGGACGAGAUGUUACAUGACGGCAUAAAAUUCUCUUGAUGCGCUAAACGGGUAAGAAGGGAAUGCCAAUGGGUGUGUCAAUGGGGCAUCGCCAAAAGACCCAGGAAGAGGAGGACAUCUUGCCCAGGGAAUCAGAAAAGAGGAAGCUCUCCCGGAAGGACUAUGGAAGCACCAGUAAUGACAGCUGCAGCGACUGCCCCACUUGUCAUGGAACAGGGCGCAUCCCGAGAGGUCAGGAAGGCCAGCUGGUGGCAGUCAUCCCCUGCAGCGACCAAAGACUGAAGCCCCAACGCACGAAGCUGUACGUAUGCGUGUCGGUGGUGCUGUGCCUCUUCAUCUGCGCGCUGAUCCUCUUCUUCCUCUUCCCCCGGACUGUCUCGUUGUUGCCCGUGGCACUCAAGUCAUCGUAUGUCUUCUUCCUGCCUACAACCAUCCAGAUGAAUCUCACGAAUGUUCUGAACAUCACCAAUGAGAACUUCCUUGCUGUCCAGGCCUGUGACUUGGACCUACAGGUCCUGAUCUGGGACACCAUUGUGGGAAAGGUCAAGAUCGCCAAUGUCACCACCAUCACACCACGCUCUCAGAAAGUGUACACUUACGAGAUUCCCAUUACAAUUGCAGACCAGGGCCUGAACAAUUACUGCAAGUCGACCUCCUUCAGAAUUCACACCUUGUUUUUGCAUUUACAGAUGACGAUGAAGGUGUUCUAUCUGGGACACGCCGAGCAGCUGUCCAUGGACACGUUCCAGUACGUUGAUUGCGGGAAUAACUCAACCACCCCCCACAUCGCUUAGCCCCUCCAUCCCGAGACCGCGGCAUUUUAGCGCGCCGUGGGUGUGAAUUGACUCUUGAAGGGCUGAACUCUGGAGGCCAGUGUGAGGAGCUUUGGGACUCCUCUUCUGCUGGGCAGCCUGUGGCAGCCAUACAUGCCCAAGCCAUAACACCCCCGCCACCAUGUUUCACAGAUGGUGUGCUUUGGAUCUUGGGCAGUUCCUUUUGACCUCCACACGUUGCUCUUACCCUCACUCUUAUGCAAGUGAAUCUUGGUCUAAUCUGUUCACAUACCUUUCUACAAAACUCUGCAGGCUGUUUAGUUACUUCUUACCAAACUGUAAACUGCUCAUUCUGUUUUUGCAACUAACUAGAGGUUUGCAUCUGGUAGUGUAGCUUCUGUAGCUCUGUUUGUGAAAUCCUCUGUGGACAGUAGUCACUGUCACAUCCAUACCUGCCUCCUGAAGAGUGUUUCUGAUCGGUCAGACAGGUGUUUGGGAGUUUUUCUUCAUUGAAAAAUUGAGAAUUCUUCAGUCAUCAACUGCAGAGGUCUUCUUUGGCCUACCAGGAUUACUGAGCUCCCUAGUGCUUUCUUUUUUCUUAAUGGUAAAUGGACUGCAUUUAUAUAGCGCUUUUAUCCAAAGCGCUUUACAAUUGACCAUUCACCAGAGCAGUUAGGGGUUAGGUCUCUUGCUCAGGGACACUUCGACACGUCCAGGGCGGGGUUCGAACAGGCAACCCUCCGACUGCCAGACAACUGCUCUUACCUCCUGAGCUAUGUCGAUGUUCCAAACAGUUGAUUUUGUAAGCCUAAGUUUUUGUCUAUGUCUAUGUAUUUUUUAUUAUUUCUGAGCCUCAUAAUGGCUUCCUAGACUUUUAUUGGCACAACUGUGAACCUCAUGUAGACAAAUGGCAAUAAAAGACUCCAAAGGCAAUCAAAAGCCUACAAUCAAGGCUAGAUACUGAAAACCCUCUUAUACAUGUACUAAGAAAGCAAUUGAACACACCUGACUAAUCAGAAACAUCUGUGAGGCCAUUUGUCCCAAAUAUUAUAGCGCCCUGAAAUGUGAUAAUAAACGCUGACAAUCUGCACUUUAAUCACUUAUGAAUUGUUUGAUUACAAAUAUAAAAUGAUGAAGUAUGGAAACGAAAUUAUAGCUUUGUCCCAAACAUAAUGGAGCUCACUGUGUAUAUACACUAUAUGACCAAAAGUAUCUGGCCACCUUGUUCAGGGACUGGUUUUCAUGGUUUGGGCUAGGCCCCAUAGGUCCAGUGAAAACAAAUCGUAUGCAUUGACAUUUAAGAUGAUUCUGCGCUUUCAACUUUGUGGCAACAUUUUUUGGAAGGCCCUUUCCUGUUUCAGCAUGACAAUGCCCUCAGGCACUCGGCGAGGUCCAUAUAGAAAUGGUUUUGUCGGGAUCGGUUUAGAAAGAACUUGACUGGCCUGCACGGAGCCCUGACCUCAACCUCAUCCAACACCUUUGGGAUCAAUUGGAAAUCCAACUGCGAACCAGGCCUAAUCACCCAAUUAGUGCCCAACCUCACUAACACUUCUGGCUGAAUGGAAGGAAAUCCCUGCAGCAAUUCUCCAGCAUUUCAUAUAAAGCCUUCACGGAAGAGUGGAGGUUAUCAUAGCAGUAAAGCGUGGUGGAUGAGAUGUUGGAUGUCAGGUUGUAUGUAUGCACUAACAAGUAUUUGCCCACUUUUAAAAGGGAAAAUGUUAUGAGGGAACUCACUUCUGCUUUGAUCAAAAUGUACAUGCAUGUUCUCAUUACUCAUUUCCCUUUUAAAUGAAUAUGAAUAAGAGAUAUGGGACCUGACUUUUUUAAUGAAAUGGUUCACUUUAGUUCCUCAUAAAAAUUUAUUUCCUUAAGGAGUAAUAUUUAGUAGGAUUAAUACAAACACUGCACCACUUUGCAGUUGAUAAUUUCAAAUGUUUUAUUCAGUGGAUGUUGCAAGGACUUUACCUAUUAAAUGCCAGAAUAUAUUACUCUUAACAAGUUCAAUUUUGGUGUUUCUGUACACAUAUCACAGUAAAUGUCUCUUCAUCCAAUGCUUCUGCAAUGCACAGAUGGUGCAUUUUAUACAGAUAUUCAUAUUGCCUGAAGAUGACCAUUGGUAUUCCCCAGAUUAUAUUAGUGUGAGUUUGAUUUACAUUUUGUUAAUUAAUUGAAUAUGCGGUUGUCAUGACAUCACAGUUAACAAGGUCAGUUUCAAAACCUUUAAUGAAAAAUGGGAUUACAGCUGGUUGCCGUGAUUGUAGUCUCUGAGGAAGUGAAACCGAAUUAUCGUGUUUCCCCACUGAGAAGUACUCAUGUACGGAUGGGAGUGAUUGCUACUCUAAGCCAUCGGCCACUAGGUGGGGAUCAAGCUCUGUGUGGCUUUUUAAUAUGAAAACCCUGCAGCUGGAAGUAAAAACAACUUUGUUAUUGUUGAAAGGGACGUUUUCAUUGUCUGACUGUGUUCACAUUUUUGGAAAUAUCAUUGAAUUCAUCGUAACCCACUGAAAAAUAUUAGAUAUUUUGGAAAUUAGUAUGAUAAAAGACUUGUGGCUAGAUACUGAAUAUUUACUAGAUACCAGACACCCAUUUCUAGAUAUUAUGGAAAUGAGCGUGGUAAAGGGAUGUUUUAUGUAUGGUUGGUUUUACCUCAGGGGUAUGCACUUUACUGUGUCUUUGUGAAUACCUUAUGCUUCAUUUAUCAUUUUACUGCGUUGAUUUUCAGUAUGUGUAACAUGUCAUGUUCCAAUCGUGAUUAUGGUUUUAUAAUUAAAUAUGAAGUCUUGG